GAUUUUUACCUGCUGGAAACUCAACAAAAAAUUUUGUGCGUUUGUUAAUACUUUUUUUUUUUGGUGGGUUUGGUAAUACUCUGUUUUCUGGGUGGGUUUGCUAAUAAUCUGUUAUUAUGUGGGUUGUUUUGCUUAUACUGUUCGUUUUUUUUUUUUUUUUUGGUGGAGCUCAAUCAAACCCAAUUAAUUUAGGGUUUUGCUUAUACUGCUGGUGUGGAAAAAUUCAAUGGGUGUACUGUUUGUUGGGGGAAAGUUUUGGGUUUUAACAGAGUAACUUUUACCCCAUAAGUAAUUUUUGUCAAGAAAUUCUGGAUUUUGAUUUUGAGGACCUGGUUAAAUUCUAGGUUUUUGCUAAUACUUUGGUUCGGUUCACUUAGGAAUGAACGAAAGUCUAUUGCUCAAAAGUAUAUAGACUUUGCACUUUGAAAUGAACGAAAACCUAAGUAAGUAGUAGCCUUUAAAAACGAAUACGGAACCUGCAAGAUCUCAACCGUUCAUUUUAGCAAUCAAUGGUCCAAAUCGACCAAAAUACUUUUCGACGGUCGCGAGUUCCGUAAAUUCUUAUUUACGGAGCUCCGUAAAUAAGAUUUCCCCUAAAAAGUAUGUUUUUUUUCCCACUUUCGAAUCAGCUCUCUUGACGUUUUCCAACCAUACUAAUAGACAAUUUAACUGGUAUGACGACGAAGCGGUGGAGAUAUAUUACAAUUUUUACACAAAAAAAAAAACAGGGACAAUUAGGAACGCUGCAGAAGUUCUUACAAGUUUUCUCAUAAUAAUAGACACGAAAAGAGAGUAUCGGACGAUACUCUUUUAAGGGUCCAUGCUUCUUUGGGUGGGUUUUUUCGCUGAUCUCGAUCAUAAACUCUAUCUUUUUUGUAUAACCCGAUUUCGUUUCAUGGACCCCCACAAAAAAUGCAAAUCAAAACUUUUAAAAUAACGCACAUGGAAAUUUAGGGAUAACUGGCCAAAAUUAAAAUCAACACAAGAUACAUAGAUGGUGUCCUUGACAAUGAAUAUUGUUUUUAGCUGACGUAGGAAGGGAUAAAUUGAUGGUGUGAUUGCCUCUAUAUUUUGACUGCCCAUAUAUGAUGAAGAAUAAGAGGAAGAACCCUUUAAAUUUUGGUAGGUAGAGAAUCAACUUUUAAUAUUAUUUUUUCAUAUAUUUCCAAAUCAAUUGACUUAUGGUCCUACCUUAAUUUAACAUUAUAAUUGACACAUGCACGAAUCUUUAAAUGGUCACUGGCUUACAUAUGAAACUUGACAGGUUUUGCAGUACUACCUGUAGCGACUUAUCAAGGUCUAAGCUAACUAAGCUAACUCUAGAAUCAUGGAUAACAUUACUAUUUUCGGUCAAGCAGACAAACACUUGCAAAGAACGGUUGAACUCCUCCAAAAAAACAAUGUCAGGGUUGUGAUACGCGAUGAGCAAGAACUCAACGCUAUUCGUAUUCGUGAAGAAAAACGAAGGGCUCAAGCAAUAGCUGCGGAAAAACUACAGGCAAACCGUAUGGGAAAAGGAAAACAAAAGGCUACAUGUGCGGACAAGCGGAAAGAUAAUGCCUUGGUUGAACUUCGUCAACAUAGAAAUGGUGGAGUUGUGAUCCGCGAUGAGUUAGAACUUCAUAAUCGUCAAGAGGAACGAAAUGCUAAAGCAAAAGUUGUGGAAAAACGAAAGGCAAACUCUAUUGGCAAGGGGAAACAAAAGUCUACAUGUUCGAACAACGGAAAAGAAAAUGUCUCGGUUGAUCUUCUUCAUCAUAGAAAUGGAGUUGUAAUCCACGAUGAGCUUGAGAUUCGUAUUCGUCAGGAGAAAAGAAUGGCAGAUGCAAUAGCUGUGGAAAAACUGAAGGGAACCUCUAUGGGUAAGGGAAAACAGACUGGAAGAUAUGCAAAUAGGGGCGAAGAAAACUCCAAGGCACUCAAUGAUAAUUUUAUAUCGAGAGCAACAUUAGCCCAACGUGCACGACGAGAUCGAGAAAAUAGAUUACAACAAUGCACUGCGAUUCCCCUUGGACAAUGCUUGCGAGUAGACCCUCCACAAAAGCGACAAUGUCUGCAAUCUCUACAACAGAAUGCACUACAUGCAAAAUCCACGGCACUCAAUGAUAAUGUUAUAUCUAAAGCAACAUUAGCCCAACGUGUGCGACGAGAUCGAGAAAAGAGAUUAAAACAAUGCAUUGCGAUUCCCCUUGGACAACGCUUACGAGUAGACCCUCCACAAAAGCGACAAUGUCUUCAAUCUGUACAACAGAUAACCUCUUUUACCACAGCCAGUCGCCUACAUCCUACUUGCUCGGAACAAGGAACAGUUUCUACCAAUGGGACCGAGCCUGCGCAAAAGCGUCAAAGGGUUACGCACAUUGUUUCUACCAAUUUGGCUAACAUAGUGACUGAGCCGGCAUCCUACUUACCUAAAACAAGGAACAAUUCCACAUGUUUGAUGUCCUUGCCAAGCACAUCGUCCGCUCCACAAAGAAACUGGUCAACUCCUACAAGCCAAAUCAACCAAGAGGAUCUUUCUUAUGGUGUUAACAUUGAAAAUAUCCCUACGAGUUCAAGAGUUCAUAGUCUUGCACAUAUAAAUUUAGGCAGGCAUUAUCUUGGCAAGAUGGACAUUCUAUGUUCUCACUGUCAAGCCUUACAUUGGAUGGACGAAAAGUUGGCAAGAUCUUCUAAAAAGAAUCCCUUAUUUGGAACUUGCUGUCUGCAAGGUACAAUAAAGCUACAUUUGCUUUCUACACCCCCUCCGCCUCUUAAAGCAUUGUAUGAUGGUGAUGAUGUUAGAUCCAAAUCGUUUCGAAGUAAUACUCGAGAUUACAAUGCAGCCAAUGCUUUUACUAGCCUUGGCACUACAUUGGAUCCAAGAGUACUUAGUGGGAAGGGUCCUACUCCAUUCACUAUCCAUGGGGAAUUACGACAUCGAACAGGAUCACUACUACCGCAAGCAGGUCAGAUUGGAUCAUAUGCUCAAUUGUAUAUUUAUGACCCUAAUUCUGCUUUAAACAUUCGUAGUCAGAGAAAUCCUCAAUUAAGAAGGGAUGUCCUUGAAACAAUACAAGGCAGUUUAUUAGAGGUUAAUGCCUUUGUAGGUAAAUUUCGCCAAGCUUAUGCGGUUUUGAAUCACUUAGCUGAGACAGGACAGAAUUUACCGGCCCAUCUUCACUACAGUUCAUCUACAGAUCGACGACGAUACAAUUUACCGACAAUAGAUGAGAUUGCGGUUGUAGUACCAGGGGAUGGAACUAAGGCCAGUGGAAUGAGAGAUAUCAUCUUACAUCUGAGAGGAGAUAAUGGGUUAAUGCGAAUUAAUGAAUGCCACCCAGCAUACUUGCCACUACAUUAUGUUUUACUGUUCCCAUAUGGAGAGCUUGGAUGGGAACCUGAGAUGAAAAAGUGGGAUACUCGGACUAAUCAACUAUCUUCUGAUCGACUUACUCAGCUGCAAUUUUAUAGUUAUCGAUUGUUUGAGCGUCCGAAUGAGUAUUCAACAAUUUUGAGGUCAGGUAAACUCUUCCAGGAGUUUCUGGUGGAUGCUUGGGCUGCAACCGAGCAAAAUCGAUUAACAUACUAUAAGCUCAAUCAAGACAAAUUUCGUACUGGACUCUACCAAGAUUUUACUGGUAUCCAUCCAGAUGAGCUAAACCCUAACCAAAUUGGUAAACGAUUUAUUUUGCCAUCUUCUUUUGUUGGUGGUCCAAGACACAUGUUUGAGAUCUUUCAGGAUUCAAUGGCUAUCACACGCUACAACCAGCACCCUGAUAUUUUUCUCACCAUGACUGCAAAUCCCAAUUGGCCGGAAAUUACUUCAGCUUUGUUGCCUCAUCAAAAACCUACAGAUCGUCCUGAUUUAGUUGCCCGUGUUUUUGAGUUAAAAAGAAAGGCUUUGAUGAAGGAGAUUGAAACAAACAAAGUGUUUGGUAAAAAAGUGGCACAUGUUUAUACAAUUGAAUUUCAAAAACGAGGUCUACCACAUAUGCACGCACUUCUUUUUCUAGAAGGACCAUGUAAGAUUCGAACUUGCGCUCAAGUAGACAACUUAAUCUGUGCCGAGUUCCCAGAUCCAAAUGAUGAACCAACGCUUUUCGAAACUGUCAAGAGUUGUAUGGUGCAUGGACCAUGCGGUGCUCGAAAUCCGAAUGCAUCAUGUAUGGAAAAUGAAAAGUGUACUAAAAGAUAUCCUCGAGCCUUUGCAGAAUCAACUACCAUGGACCAAGAUGGAUAUCCCAUCUAUCGUCGUCGUAGUGAUGGCAAAGUAUAUGUUGUUCGAGGGCACGAAGUUGAUAAUAGGGAUGUUGUACCUUACAAUCCUUAUCUUUCCAAACGGUUCAACUGUCAUAUUAAUGUAGAGGUAUGUGCAGGUAUGCGAUGUGUCAAAUAUAUUCACAAGUACAUUUAUAAAGGUUACGACCGUACAACCAUGGUGUUGGGAUCUGCAAAUGAAAUUCAACAAUAUCUUGAUUCAAGGUAUAUUGGCCCGCCAGAAGCUGCUUGGCGAAUAUUUGGUCAUCAUAUGCAUGAAGAACUCCCAACAGUUACACGAUUGACAAUCCACUUGCCCGGCAUGCAUCAGUUCGUUUUCAAUCCUGCGGAUUCACCAGAGACUAUCCGAAAUAGGGCUGCGCAAGAAGUGUCAACAUUAACUAGGUUUUUCUCAUGGUAUGCUUCAAAUAAAGAUGCUGAGAAGUACACAUACCAAGAAUUCCCGCAAUAUUUUGUUUGGAAAUCCAAUCAAUAUUGGACACCAAGAGUAAUGGGGUAUGCAAUAGGUAGAAUGUACUUUGCUAGCCCUAAUUGUGGUGAAUUGUUUUACCUGCGUUUGCUAUUAACUAUUGUCAAAGGGCCAGAUUCGUAUGAAAGCUUACGCACGGUUAACAAUGUAUUGUACGGUUCCUUUAAAUUAGCAUGUGUCGCGCGGGGGCUUUUGGAAGAUGAUGAGGAAUGGAUACAAUGUCUUCAAGAGGCUUCAGUCAUGAAGACUGGAUACCAACUCAGGAGAUUAUUUGGUGUUAUUCUUACACAAUGCUCUCCCCUACAUCCAUAUGCAUUAUGGAAGCAAUUUUGUAUCCAUAUAUGCGAUGAUCUUGCGCAUAAGAUUCGUACAUUAUUUUCCAUUGCCAACCCAACCGAGGCUCAAGUCGAAGACUAUGGUUUGUAUCUCUUGGACGAAUUGCUCCAUGAAUCAGGUAAAAACUUACUUGACUUCCCGCCUAUGCCUAUACCAAUUGGAAAUUGGAGUGUAGUAUUCGGUAACCGAUUGAUUUCAGAACAUCGGCAACUGCAGAUUGAGGCACAAGAGGUAGGUAUACAAACUAAUAUUGAGCGACUAAACAAUGGACAGCGUGCUGCUUAUGAUGCUAUCAUUUCUUCUAUUUUCGAAAAUAAAGGAACUACAUUCUUUCUGAAUGGCGGAGCUGGAACAGGGAAAACAUUUCUCUACAAUACUAUUGCAUUAAAAUGUCGUAGUUUGGGCUAUAUCGUUGUAAACGUUGCUUCAUCUGGUAUUGCGUCAUUGUUAUUGUUAGGAGGUCGCACUGCUCAUUCGACUUUUCGCAUUCCAUUGGAUGUGUUGGAAAAUUCUGUCUGUGGGUUUAGCAAGAAUUCUUUACAAGCAGAAUUGUUUAGGGAAACAAAACUCAUAAUAUGGGAUGAAGUUGCUAUGCAACAUAAAUAUUGUGUUGAAGCAGUUGAUCGUAGCCUUAGGGACAUAUGCGAUAAUGAAAAGCCAUUUGGGGGUAUCACUGUAGUUCUUGGUGGAGAUUUUCGUCAAGUUUUACCAGUGGUACCUAAAGGAGUGCGUGAACAAAUUGUUAAUGCGUCAUUGAGAAGAUCUGAAUUAUGGAACGAUAUACAUGUUUUGACAUUGGAUUUGAACAUGCGCUUGAAUCCGAUGGAUCCUGAAAAUGUUACUUUUGCUAGAUUCCUGAUGGAGGUAAUCUUCUCUCUAAGUAUUUCUUUCUAAAAUCUCAAGUUUGAAUUAAGAACACAUUUAUACCUCCUAAUUUGAUGAUUUUUAACUUCUUAGAUUGGAGCUAAUCCACAAGAAAUUGUGCAUCUUCCACCCACAAUACGCAAAUGCCAAGACCUAACGGAACUAUUGUCUACAGUGUACCCACAAUUGGAAAUUCAAACCACAUCAACCCCAACCUAUUUGACAGAACGAUCAAUUCUUUCUGCUCGAAAUGAGGAUGUCAAUGCCAUUAAUGCAGCCGCAUUAAAUGUGUUUCCAGGAGAUGCAUUCACUUACUUAGCUGCAGAUAAGAUGUCCGAAGAUGAUGAACUUGAUCGUUCCAUUACGAACCGCUAUCCAAAUGAGUAUUUAAACUCAUUGGAUCCUCCUGGACUUCCGUCUUUUCGGGUAGAGUUGAAAGUGGGUUGUCCUAUAAUGUUGUUAAGGAACAUUUCCCCCAAAAAUGGACUUUGUAAUGGCACGAGAAUGAUGGUUGUUAGGUGUGGCACUCGCAUUAUUGAAGCAAAGAUUUUAACUGGGGAAAAAUCAGGAAACUUGGAGUUUAUACCCAGAAUUUCCUUAACACCAUCGUCAUCUGAAUUCCCAUUUCGAAUGACUAGACGCCAAUUCCCAGUUCGCUUGGCGUAUGCUAUGACUAUAAAUAAAUCUCAAGGACAAUCAGUAAAGUUUGUUGGUGUAGAUUUGCGCACUCCAGUGUUUAGUCAUGGCCAGCUAUAUGUCGCAUUGUCUAGAUGCACAUCUUUUGAUCGUAUAAGUGUCCUCCUCCCUGAGGAUGAGACUGACACUACAACAAAUGUUGUUUAUCCGGAGAUUUUGCUAUAGCAUUCAGUCUCAAAUGAAAAUCCAAGUGCACAGAAUGGAUUGGGAGGAAAAGGCUAUGGAGCGAAAGAGGAUCAAUUCAACUAGAUUGCGUCAUUGGCUGUCGAAUAGU